AUGUCGUUGAAGGCGAUCUCAUCCAAAGAUGCUGCCUCCCUCGAUAAGGACUUGAUGGAGAUGGGUGGAUGGUCCUUGGACCAACUGAUGGAACUCGCGGGGCUGUCCGUUUCGCAGGCAGUCUAUCGCCUCCAUCCCCCCAGCGCCGGCAAGAACGUUCUCGUCGUCUGUGGCCCGGGGAACAACGGCGGCGACGGCCUAGUAGCUGCUCGCCAUCUGGCACAGUACGGCUAUACACCCUCAGUCUACUAUCCCAAAGAAGGCAAGAAUGAGCUCUACCAGCGCCUCAAAACCCAGCUACGCAACCUAUCCGUCCCUUUCGUCCCAGAUUUCACCGAGGCCCUCAAGUCCGCCGACUUCCUCGUCGACGCCAUCUUCGGGUUCUCCUUCGGGGGUCCCCUCCGCGACCCGUUCCCAUCCAUCAUCUCCCAGAUCGAGUCGUCAUCUGUCCCUGUGCUGAGUGUCGAUGCGCCCAGUUCUUGGGACAUUCAGAGUGGUCCGCCCAAGGAGGGUCCGGGGUCCAAAUUUAUGCCCCAGGCGCUGAUCAGUCUCACAGCCCCAAAACCAUGCGUGAAAUAUUACCGCGGCAGGCACUUUAUCGGCGGACGUUUCUUGACCAAGAGUAUCACGGAGAAGUAUGGAUUGGAUUGUCCUGAUUAUCCUGGCAUCGACCAGGUCGUGGAAAUAGGUGUUGAUGCCGAAGGGCGGCUAUAA